AUGUCGGGUAUUGUUGGUGGUGUUGUGAGAGGAUGUUUUGAUGGAACAGCCAAAGCUACAACUCAUCAUCAUACCGAAUGGAUUCACAAGAUUUUGUAUCUUUGUGGUCUGAUAGUGGCCGGAUUGUUUGCCUUCUCCUUGAAUUUAGCUCCUAAUAAUUUCAUGAAAAUUUCGAGUGCCUUCUCCUUGUUAUCAUCACCAUCAACUGUUGGACUCUAUUUAUUGGCUGGAUUGUUUGUUGGAUUUGGAACACAACUUGGUUCUGGUUGCACAUCUGGACACAUGAUUUGUGGUUUGGCUCGUUUGUCCAAGAGAAGUUUUGUGGCCACAAUGGUUUUCUGUGGUGUGACCAUGAUGAUGGUUUUGUUUGGUGGAAGUGCCGAUUAUGUUUCUAGAAAUAUUGUCAAUGUUGGAGUGGAUACAUCAUUAUUGCCAUUCGUUCAAUAUCCAACAACUUCACAUGCUUUGACUUUAUUGUCCUUGUUGGCUAUGAUUCUCUCUGCCUAUGCUUUGAUAAUUAUGAAUAUUUGGAAUUUAAGUGAACCAACCAAACAAAAAUUGGACUAUUAUCUUCCAUUUAUGCACGGAUUUGUAUUUGGACUUGGAUUGGCACUUAGUGGAAUGACUAAUCCAUUGAAAGUUCUUGGAUUCUUUGAUUUUGGUGGAAACAAUUAUGAUCCUUCACUUGUUUGUGUUGCUUUGGGAGCUAUUCUUCCAAACCUGUAUGUAUUCAACAUGUACGUUGUACCAAGUGCCUCUCGUUCUGAACUCACUUGUAUGGGUUGUAAGCAACAUAUCCCAACAUCUACUGUUGUUGAUUGGAAACUUGUUACUGGUGCAGCUCUCUUUGGUAUUGGUUGGGGACUUGUUGGUGUUUGUCCAGGUCCAUUUGUUACUAACCUAGGUGCAUUCAAUCCACUCUUCUUAUUCUAUGGAGUUGGCUUCAUUGGAGGACUCGCUUUGAAAGACAAGAUUAUUGGAUAA